AAAAAGCAAACUCGUAUAAUGAUGCUGAUCCCAAAUGGAUUUUCAAAACAAAAUAAAAGGCAAAUCAUUUCCUGUUCUGCCACAAAGGCUCCUGCUCUACAUUCACAUGGGCAUGGCAAAGAAGACAGCGUCACUCCUGCUACUGCUGCUAUAUGGUGCUUGCAUCCCAACCACAGCAGAAGUCUGCAAAAUCCUUAGCCAGCCAUUACCCCCACUACUUUCUGCAGAAAGAGAAAUCAACAUUGGGGGGAUUUUUCAAUUUCAUAGAAAUGUCGUGGCAAAGAUUCAUCCUUUCACUUCCAAACCAGAACCAGUUACAUGUUUCAGCUUUAACUUUCGUGAUUUUAAAUUAGCUCAGACGCUGAUUUUUACCAUAGAAGAGAUAAACAACAACACACAGCUGUUGCCUGGUGUCACAUUGGGCUAUAAAAUAUAUAAUUCAUGUGCAUCAAUCAAUCAGGCUAUCCUGUCAUGCCUGGCUUUGUUAAAUGGCUUUAAAGAGACUUUGCAAGAUGAGUCCUGUUCUAGACCACCAUUUGUUCAAGCCAUUGUUGGAGAUACAAGCUCCUCUCCCACCGUUGCCAUCGCCUCUUUACUAAGCCCUUUCAGUUUCCCUGUGAUCAGUCAUUUUGCCUCAUGUGAAUGCUUGAGUGACAAAAAAAGGUUUUCAUCCUUAUUCAAAAUGAUGGCCAGUGAUAAUUUUCAAAGCAUUGCGAUGGCUCAGCUUCUCAAGCACUUUGGCUGGACUUGGGUUGGAACAGUCAACAGUCGCAAUGAUUAUGGAAUCUAUGGAAUGGAGGAAUUUUUAAAGACAGCCCAACAAUUGGGGAUUUGUGUUGAAUACUCAGAGACGAUAUUAAAAACCGAUACACAAAGGCAGCUACUAAAAACACUGGAAGUGGUUAAAAAAGGAACAGCCAAGGUGGUGGUGCUUUUUAUAUCAUACGUAGAUUUCCUCCCAUACAAAAAAUUGAUCGUGCAACAGAACAUUACCGGGAUCCAGUGGAUCGGUACUAAAUCCUGGAUCAAUUCUGAAACUUUUCACGAUACAAAGGAAAACAGUUUCUUCAUGGGAGCCAUGGGCUUUGCCUUACAGAACAUGAAGCUUGACGGCCUGCAAGAGUUUCUUUUGACUGUGCACCCUAAUCAAGAACCAAAAAAUGAACUUUUAAAAGAUUUCUGGGAAGAAACCUUUCAGUGCUCUUUCAGAAACACCGGAGGUAGCACAAGUAGCUGUACUGGCUCAGAACGCUUAACAGAAGUGCACAAUGAAUAUACUGAUGCAUCAGAGAUGCGCAUGGCAAAUAAAGUGUACACGGCAACUUAUGCUAUUGCCUAUGCACUGCAUAGUUUGAUAAAUUAUCUUAAAUCCUCCACCAACAGCAGCAAAGUAGAAGUGCCCACACCAAGAAAGGUGCUGGAGUAUAUGAGAGAUGUCAGUUUCACUGCCAAAACAGGUGAGAAAAUAUUUUUUUCAAAUGGUGAUCCUGUGGCGAAAUAUGAUCUGCUCAACUGGCAGCCAACUGAAGAUGGAGGUAUGCAGUAUAAAGUGGUUGGUUCGUAUGACCACUCACUGCCUCCAGAGCAACGUCUUAAAGUUAAUCAGGAACUUAUGGUAUGGCCUGAGAACAGCAGGCAGCUUCCAGUGUCUUUGUGCAGUAUGAGCUGUCCUCCAGGCACUAGGAAGGCUGUACAGAAAGGAAAACCUAUCUGCUGUUAUGACUGCAUACAAUGUCCACCAGGAGAGAUCAGUAACAGCACAGAUUCUAGCGACUGCUUUCCUUGUGAUUCGGAGUAUUGGUCAAAUGAAAGCAACGACGAAUGUGUUUUAAAAGUUAUUGAAUUCCUUUCCUAUACAGAAAUCAUGGGGAUUGUGCUAUCUCUUUGUUCUCUCAUUGGAGCAUUAGUUACAUCAAUUGUAUCUUUGGUGUUUUAUCUUCAUAAACAAACACCUAUUGUAAGAGCCAACAAUUCAGAGCUGAGCUUCCUGUUGCUCUUCUCAUUGACUCUGUGUUUUCUCUGUUCACUUACUUUCAUUGGUCGCCCCACUGAGUGGUCCUGUAUGUUGCGUCACACGGCGUUUGGGAUCACUUUUGUCCUCUGUAUCUCCUGUGUUCUGGGGAAAACAAUAGUGGUGUUAAUGGCAUUCAAGGCCACACUUCCAGGAAAUAAUGUUAUGAAAUGGUUUGGGCCUCCUCAACAAAGACUAAGUGUUGUUAUCCUUACAUUAAUACAGGUCCUAAUUUGUGUGCUUUGGUUAACAACAUCACCUCCUUUCCCAUAUAAGAACAUGCGUUAUUACAAAGAUAAGAUCAUUCUAGAAUGUAGUUUAGGUUCAGCUGUUGGUUUCUGGGCUGUUCUUGCUUAUAUAGGCUUGCUUUCAGUCGUGUGUUUUAUUUUAGCUUUUCUGGCUCGUAAGCUCCCUGAUAACUUCAAUGAAGCUAAAUUCAUCACAUUUAGUAUGUUCAUAUUCUGUGCUGUAUGGGUUGAAUUUUUUCUAGCUUACAUCAGUACACCAGGUAAAUUUACUCUAGCCUUGGAGAUAUUUGCUAUUUUAGCUUCAAGUUUUGCUUUACUAUUUUGCAUAUUUGCCCCAAAAUGCUACAUAAUUUUGUUGAAACCAGAGGAAAAUACAAAAAAACAUAUGAUUGGGAAAUAGUAAUUCUAAGGAACUCAAGGAUAAAAAUUUAAUUGGACAACAAUGUGAUGUAGUAAAGUAAACAACAAUUGACAACGAAACUAAAAAAACAUUGGCAUGGAAUGAAAAGCAGGCAAGCACAAAUAUAGGAAGAGUUUGGUUCCAAAACCCCAAAAAAUCAAUUUUGACUAAUUUCGGUAAAAACAUGUUUUCUAUACCAAGAAAGUUACGAGAUGAAAACCACUAUUUUCUGUUACAAACUUUCACAACAUACCAUCUUUAGGUUAUAAUAACAUUGAAAAAUCAAAUCCAUAAUUUGAUUUUCAUACAAGGGGUAAAACUGUGGA